AUGGAUGUGAUAGCAAAAGACUUAUCACAUCACUACGGAGGAAAAGAAUUAAGCCUUUUCCUCUAUGUCAAUAACACUCAGAUACAACCAACGCUUUUAGCGUUGCCAACCGUGGAACAUUUAGCAUCUCGUGGAUUACCAUUUAGAGGCACUGAGGACAAAUUUGGCUCUCCACGAUCUGGUAAUUAUGUAAUGGCUUUAAAACUGAUAGCUGAAUUUGACCCUUUUUUAACAGAAAAUAUCAAGCUUCAUGGAAAUAAAGGUAGUGGAACAACGGCGUAUAUUUCAUCUUUUGUUUGUGAAGAGUUUAUUCACAUUAUUGGAAACAACGUAGUGUAUGAAAUAGUAAAUAAAGGUAAGCUAGCCAAAUACUUUUCAAAUAGCGUAGAUUCAACUCCAGAUGUAGCUUACUCUGACCAACUAACGUUUAUAAUAAGAUAUGUAUCUGAAAACUGUUUACCAGAAGAAGAUUUCCUUAAAUUCAUUCCAAGUUGUGGUCACAAAGGAGAAGAUAUGGUUACUGCGAUUUUAGAUGUCUUAGCUGAAUACGACCUGGAUGUAAAAAACUGCCGUGGUCAGUCAUAUGAAAAUGCGAGCAAAAUGUCAGGAUUAUAUUCAGGAGUUCAAGCGAGAAUUUUGGUGUUGGUUUCUCUGGUUGUUUACGUUCCAUGUGCACCACAUUCGCUCAAUAUUGUGGGAACAAAUACUGUCAAAAGUUCAUCAAUGCCUCAAUCUUCUGUCGUGAAAAACCUAUCGAAAACUAGAUGGUCUGAUCAAGCUGAUGCAUGCAAAAGUGUAUGUCAAUCCUGGAAUGAAAUUUUGAAUGCCUUGUCUCAUAUUGCGAACGAUGAAUGUCAGAAACCUGACACUCGCCAAGAAGCGUUAGAUCUUCACAAUUCUCUCAACAGCCUUGACAACUGCCUCAUUGACCUUCUAUGGAAUGAUAUCCUCGAAGGAUUUAGAGUGGUUAGCAAAGCGCUCCAGGCUCAGGAUUGUCAUAUAAUUCUAGUCGUUGAAUUAUAUCAGAACUUAAUAACAUACGUUACGAACAAUGGGACUGAAUUUGAUAGUUACGAUGAAAAGGCUAAAAAUAUGUGUAAACAGACUUCAUACAAGCAAGAUAAUUCAAGAAAGCGACUAAGGAAGUCGCACUUUGAAGAAACAACAGGAACAGAAUUGGUAGUUGAAUUACAGAGACGAUGCAAAGCAUACGAGUUACUACAAGACAGAUUCGCUUUCUUGACACUGCUGCAGACCAAAAAGAGUGAUGAAAUAAAAAAAGACUGCCAAAAGUUCUUUUCGACAUAUCCGAAUGAUUUGGGAGAGGUAUUGAAGUCCGAAUGUCUUCAUCUAAGCGCACACUUGAAGACAUUGAGAAUUGAAAAAGUUUCGGCAACUAAUCUGUCUGCUAUGUUCUCAGAAAAAGGGCUUAUGGUUGUCUAUCCCAAUUUCAACAUAGCACUGCGCAUGUAA